UAUUAAUAUAAAGAUUCAGUGCAAGAUAUAAUUUAUAGUGGGCUUACGUUCGAAUGAAUCUUCGGAAGUAAAAUGUAAAACUUCCUAAUCUGGAUUUCGCAAGUUAUAUAAUAAAAAUACCAAAUCAAAUAAAAGCCGAUUAAACUAAUAAGAAAAAUAUACAAGGCUGACAAGGCUGUUAUUUUAAUAUUUACAUUUUAUAAAAUUGAGUAAGUGAUAGAUAUCAACAGCAAUAAAAAAUAAGAAAACAUUUGUGAAACAAAUAUGGAAUACAGUGCAGAAUUUUUUACAUCGAAUUUGUUUAAGAAAAUGGACAGGCUUCCACCAUUCAAUACCACAGAAAGAGGUAUAGGCAGAAAUUGGUGUGCGUGGAAACAAAAUUUUUUACAUUUUCUCCAAACAGAAGAUCCCACAGAGCAUUAUAAAAAACAAUGGUCGACUAUCUUAUUAAAGUUGAUUGAUCCCUCCAGAGAACAAGUAUUUCGGUAUCUUCCCAAGGAAGAUAAUUUAACAGAAAAUUUUGAGUUAUUGUUACGUAAUUUAGAUGUAUAUUUUAUUUUUGGGACUAGAAAAAAGAAGAGAGAUGAAAACAUUGAUAAAUAUAUUGAUAACUUGAUGCUUAUUGCUAUUGGAAGCAAUCACAGUGAUCCUGUAAGCGUUGUGAAAGAAAAAAUUAUACAAGAUAUCAAAUAUUGUAAUUUCACGGAAAAAGCAAUGCUCUUCGUCCAGUCCAAAGGAACAAACUUAGUAUCAUAUUUACAAUCAUUGAACCUCCACAAAAUAAUGUUAUUUUGGAAACAAUGCGAAGAAAAGUCACAAGAAGAUUGCGGAAAUGCACGAAAUCAGAUCUCUCCACCUCUUCUCAGAUGUAUGCGAUCGGCUGAAAUGGAAUGUGUUCGUUGUGGUGGUCACCACAGCAGGAAUCGUUGUCCAGCUCAUGGAAUACAAUGUGACAACUGUAAGGGAUACAACCACUUCAAAGAAAAUUGUCGAGUAAAGUAUGUAUCCAACUGCACCAAGUGUGGAACAAAUCACGUUCAGUCACGUUGUCUCGCUUACGGCGAAUUGUGCACCAAUUGUGGUAAAUCGAACCAUUUCUCAUGGUUGUGUCGGGUACCUAUUGUUAGAGAUUGUCCUAGAUGUGGCUUUGAUCACGCUGUAUCCAUGUGUCCAGCACAGGGUAAAAUAUGCACUCGUUGUAAUAAGCCUAAUCACUUCAAGGAAAAAUGCUUGAGCAAUGUAAGUGAUGAAGAAGAAUAAUGUAAUAUCGGUGCUGUUUUCAAGUUUCUAAAAGGUGAUGUUACACAAGUCAUCUAUAACUUAAUCUUAAUGACAGAUUCUAUGAUUUGUCUGGAAUCAACUUUUUCUGAGUAAAAAUGUGAACAGAAGUUAUGAUUAUGCAACUUUUCAAUUUUUGUUAUAUAUCUUCAUAAAUAAAUUUUAAAAUUCCGUCAAGAUGAAAAUUAUUUGAAACUAAUUGAAAAGUAUGGUUUCGUUACCUAUUUAAUUUUUUAAACUUAUAAAAUGCCUUUUUGUAACUAUCAGAAGCUAAUGAUUCCGAAUUUAUCGAAGAAUUUGUUAUUAAAAUUAAAAUUACUACUUGUGUCUUGUAUGCUGUAAUAAGAAGAAAAAGACACAAUAUUUUAAUGAUAUAUCUUCCUUACAUACAUAUUUGUUUUUUAAACUAUAUUAUUUUAAAAUAUUAAUUUAGGAAAAAGUUUGAUUAUCUUCUGUUAUAAGUGCAAAAGUUAUAAUUAGAAAAAAAAAAACAUUUUUACUGAUUUGAAAUCAAAACUGCUCUGUUUCACACUAGACAUAACUAUAUAUUUACAUUUUUUUUAAAUAAUUGCAAAUAGCAAAUAUGUGAUUAAUAGAAGUUUAGUUAUAUUACUGUUAAUUUAGCAUGUAAUUAUUAUGAAUAGAAAAGAUUCCACAAAAUGAAGUGUACACAGAAAUUGUGAAACAUGAAAGUAUUGAUUUAUUUUUAAUAUUGCUAAUAUUGAUGGAGAUUUUCAUCAAUAGAUUUAUAUUUUAUUAUAUAUUUUAUUUUUACUGUUCAAGAGAUUAUUAUAGUUAUUUUUUUCAAUAGAAUAUUACUUUGUGCAACUAUCUAUAUUACUAUUUAGAUACUACAAAAGUUAUAUAUUAUUAAUUUUUCAUUAUUUUAUGUAAAUGUUAAAAUAACUGAUAAGGCGUUUGUGUAUUGUAACAUUAAAUAAAGACAUCUGACAAUGA